GUAGAUGCUGCACCACAGAGGAACACUUCAUCCUGUUUCUAUUCUGAGUAAAGUGAGAUACUGCAAUUGGACUCUGGUGCUUGUACAGUACUAAGUCAACAUGUCUGAUGACUCAAGGACUGUCCCUCAGGAGCAGCUCCCGUCUGAUGACCUCCACCCGCCGCCAAUGCCAGUGAUCAACCUGGGUCAUCUCAACCUUGAUCCAGCGAUACGAGCUUGCGUGGUUGAAGAUAUCACCAAAGCAUGCCGUGAUCUAGGAUACUUCCAGAUUAUAAACCAUGGGAUCAGUCAAUCUGUCAUGGAUGGAGCUGUUGACGCAGCUUCAGAUUUCUUCAAACUGCCAAGUGAGACAAAGGAAGAGUUUGCAUCAGACGACCUCCGACGGCCUGUUAGAUAUGACACCAGCUCAAAGGACGGCAUUAGUAUGUCACGGGCAUACCUAAAGCAUUAUGCCCAUCCCCUGAGUGAAUGGGUACAAUAUUGGCCGGAAAAACCCCCAAUCUACAGGCAAAAUACUUUCUAUAAAUCUUCUUGCAAUCCUGAACUACAGGAGUAUAUGGGAAAUUUUGCUACUGAAGUAAGGAGGGUGGCCUUGCAACUAAUGGAAGCCAUACUAGAAGGCCUAGGAUUGGGCAAGGAUUACCAGCAUGAGAAAUUUGAGCAAGGACUGCAGCUAAUGUCAGUGAAUUGCUACCCGAAAGAAUCAGAAGGUGAUACAGCGAUAGGGCUGGCGCCGCAUUCCGACUAUGGAUUCCUUACCAUCUUGUUCACAAGUUGUCGAGGCCUGGAGGUCGUCGACCGCAACAGCAACAGCUGGAAAGUGGUCCAGCCACUCCCACAUGCAUUGCAUGUCCACGUAGGAGACCACAUGGAAGUCCUGAGCAAUGGCAAAAUCAAGACUGUUGUGCACCGAGCUGUUCUGAAUCCUGAAGAGGCAAGGAUCUCCAUGGCUAGCAUUAAUGGUUUCGCAAUGCAUGAGAAGGUCUCCAGCGCCAGAGAGCUCGUGAAUGAGCAGAAUCCUGAAAAGUACACCGCGAGCAGUUUUAAUGACUUCCUCGACUAUCUCACAAGCAAUCUGGACAACAAGCACCGGAACUUUCUUGAGAGCCUUAGGAUGCAAGGGGCGUAGUAGGGUAUAAUCUCCACCCGAAGCACAAAAUGAUACCUGCGACAGUUUGUCUCUAUGCCUACAACCGUUCAUCUCUCUAUAUUACUUUUGAUCUGAAAGUACUGAAGUUGUUGUGUGUUGUCAUGCUGUUUUGGACAAAUUAUCUGUAAUAUUACUUUCGAUCUGAAGGCACUGAAGUUGUUGUGUGUGCCAUGCUGUUUUCCCCUUUCACCCCCACUACAUUAUUACGAGUUUGUAUUAGGUAAGGGGAAAUCCAUGAUGUAAACUUUAUCUAGUAAGAUAAGAUACUGUAUGCUGUUAGUUAGCCAUUUGACUUCAAUUUUCCACGGUGCGCAUGAAUGAACUACAGUAUUUCUCACUUCUAAUGCUGCGACACUUUAUCAGCAAGGUUGGACAUAUAAUGCGCAAUCUAAUCGGUAAGAGCAAGGUCGGAUUGCGGG